AGACCAGUGGCGCGCCCAUGGCCGCGCACGGCCAGCCCUUCCGCCGCCUUUGCGCGUCCCGCUGGGCUCCCUGCGCGUAACAAGCGCCCGCUUCGGCUUGGCGAGAUGAGGCCAGGGCGCCUGCCCGCGCAGCGCGUCAUCCCGCUCGGGAUGGCUCCUACCCUAGGGAGGGGACAGCCGGCCCGUGGCCCGAUCAGACUCAGAUACAGGAGCCAGGAGGUCCCUGAAAACGUCCAUAUAGAAGGCCCAGCUCAAGAGACGUCGACCUCGGACCCCAAGGAGCACUCAAUGUUCAUCGCUGACCGGAGAACAGUCAACAUGGCGGCGCUGUCGACUUUCUUCUCCAUGUGGGUCCAGGAGGAGGAGGCUGCUGAGGCAAGCAAGCUGCCACAGGCCAUGGACCGGGUGUGGGAGGGGAUCGGGGGAGGGCCUGCUGACUUGGUGUUCCCUAGGGAGUUCCUUGGCGUGUGGGACACUCUCUCAACUCUGGUGAGCGUGGAGACGCCCCUAGGUACAGAGUUCGUGCCAAACCUCAAGGUUGUCGAGCGUGCCAAGACAGAGCUCAAUGUGCCCCUCCAGUACUCUGUGAACUUUGUGGAGAACAGCCGCAACGAGGUCAUCACAGACAGGCGGUACAACACGGCCAGCCUAAUGGAGAUGUACUAUGGCACUGAGAUUGACUUUGUGAACCGCAUUAAUUGGAACCCUGAUGACCCCAACGUGCUUAAGCUGUCACUGCCAGGUGGUACUGACGUGCUGACACGAGUCACCAAGCGGUCCGAGGACAGGAGAGAGGCCAACCGGCUGGACACAUCUGAAUUCUUUGAACAGGUGUUUGACGAUCCCUCACAAGAGAUGGGUCCCAAGGUGACAGCCAGCCGAUGCUUCACAAAGUAUAAGUGGCGCAACGAGGAGGAGGCCAGCGCAGAUGGCGGACCCACGAUUGUUGCAACCCAGGUCGUCUCUGACUACCUGACAGGCUACAGCGAUGAGAGGCUGUCCAUGCGAGCACGCGGCCGGCCGGUGGUGAUCUACACAUAUAGGAUGGCUUUUGCGCGCCACUGGCCACUGCCCGGGGAGACCGCCAAGGACGAGACCUCAGAGGACAACUUCGUGAGGAUCGCAUGA